UUGAGAACAGUUUGUUCAGUAAAUAAGUUACCACGUUUCCUCUGGUUUUAUAUCUUACAAUACAAUAUUUAGCUGCAUUAAUUGGUUAAACACAAGUGGUGAAAAAUGUCCGGCCUAGAGCUGAUCGUUGGAACGUACGAAGAGUACACAGUGGGCUACAAAGUGGAACCCUUCAAGACGGAUCCUUCUCGUCAAUAUUUGAAGGAAAUUUUCUCGACACACAGCCACACCGCUUCCGUGCGGGCAGUGGCUAGUCAUGGAAAAAUACUAGCAUCCGGAGGGGCAGAUGAUCGGAUUUGUUUGUUCGAUUUGGAGAAUGGAACUCUGCGGGAUGAGCUGCUGCAUCACAAUGGAACGAUUAACUGUUUAACAUUUUCGCCGGACGGACGGUUUCUGUUUAGCGGCAGUCACGAUGGAGUCAUUUCUGCCAUUAACAUUCGAAAGUUAACGGUAGAAAAAACGUGGAAAAAUGCACACAAAAGUGCUGUGCUGUGUAUUAGCAUUCAUCCUCAGGGGACGAUUGCCCUGUCGCUCGGAGCUGAUAUGCAGCUGCGAACGUGGGAUUUUGUGACUGGUAGGACGAUUUAUACGCGUGGUUUGCGUAAUGAUCCAAAGUUUGGGGGCUACUUGUCGUGGGUCGAGUGGAGCCCGGAUGGGCUCCAUUUCGCGCUUGUCGGAAACCGCGUGGUGGAUGUCAUUUCGACUGAGUCUACCAAAUCGGCACGGACGGUAAGCUGCACCAGCAAGCCGAUUUCAUUCUGCUGGAUUUCCGACACGGAAAUUGCAGUUGGAUUGGACGAUGGACACUUGCUGAUGUGCGGCAUUGCCGCUGGGGACCAGUCGGAGGAACCGGAGAAGAUCAAAGUGUACGAGUCGCGGCUGAAGGCGAUUGCCGUUGUGGGGGAUCACAUGGCUACGGCAUCCAGUGCGGGUGACAUUAGCCUGUGGAAGAUCGAUGGGCGUGAUUUUCGCGAGGUUUGUACGUCGAACAUCGGCUGUCGGCCGACCUGUUUGGUGCUGGUGGAAGCCGAUCGGCUUGGGCUUCAUCGGUAUCUGAAGCAGCUCGAGGAGGAAGAUAACAAGGAGGAGGUGAAGAAACAAAUUAAGGGCAUCCGAGCGGUUGGAAGGGUGACGGUCGAACGUGAAGAUUCGCUGCAACAGGAGGAGGAGGAUGCUGGGGAACCAACUCAAAAGGAAAAGAAGAAGCGCAACAAGAAACGACCGUCUGACGGAGCCAUCGAUGCAGGUAGUCCGAUGGAGAGGAAAAAGCAGAAACCUAAUAGAGCGAUGGUUGACUCGCCUUUGGCGACAAUAGAUGAUGUCUUUGGACGAGGCAGUGCCAAGAAGAAAACCAAAAAAUCCGCUAAUCGAAGUUCGAUUGGAGUAUGGGAGGAGGAAGAUUUACCGGCGACGGAAUAAGGCUACGCGCUGUGGCAAAAUUGCAGGAUAUUCACAGAAGAUAAAUUGUCCAUUUUUUGUUGUAAAGACGUUGACACUGCUUUAAUA